ACCUAAACAAGUUUCGACUUUUGUCGGCGGUGAAACCAAAUUUGCAUAACCAAUCAAGAAACACAACUCGCGUCUCUGGAAGAUUUGGCUCGUGCUCUUAGACUCUAGUCCUGAGGCUGUUUGGUUGAAAAACUUGCGAAGCUUGGAUUGGAGAAUCAUGGAAUCGAAGAAAGUGAUGGAAGAGGAAGAAGAGAUGUGGAGGAGAGAGAUAGUGACAAGCGUGAUGAGGAUAGUGAGCACAAGAUUGCCACAGAGAGAUCUAAUAUCUCUCCUUCUCGUUAGCCCUUGGCUCUACCGCACCCUGGUCUCUUACCCUUCCAUCUGGCUGAACAUUGAUUUGCGUGAGAGGACCAAUGCAGGGGAUAGGCUGUUAGCUGCUCUGUCCUUGCCAAGAUAUCGUCAAGUGAAGCAUAUCAAUCUUGAAUUUUCCCAGGGUGUUGAGGACACUCAUCUUCAACUUGUGAAAAGCCAUUGUCAUGAUGCGCUUUCAAGCUUAGAAUGCUUGAAUCUGAACGGGUGCCAGAAGAUAUCAGACAGUGGAAUAGAAGCUAUAACUAGCAUAUGUCCCAAGUUAAAAGUUAUCUCUAUCUACUGGAACGUGAGGGUGACUGAUGAUUGCAUUAGACAUCUAGUGAAGAAUUGCAGAAACAUCAUUGAUUUGAACCUAAGUGGCUGCAAGAGCAUAACAGACAAAGGUAUGCAACUAGUAGCUGAAACUUAUCAAGACUUAGAGGCACUGAAUAUCACCAGGUGUGUUAAGAUCACAGAUGAUGGAUUACUUCAUGUGCUACAAAAGUGUUCCUCUCUGCAGACCUUAAACCUCUAUGCUCUUUCAGGCUUCACAGACAAAGCUUACAAGAAGAUAUCUCUUUUGGCUGAGCUAAGGUUCUUAGACCUGUGUGGUGCUCAGAACUUAUCUGAUGAAGGGCUUGGUCAUAUAGCUAAGUGCAACAAGCUAGAGACUCUCAACUUGACAUGGUGUGUGCGUAUCACAGAUGCAGGUGUGAUUACCAUUGCUAAUAGUUGCACCUCCCUCGAAUUUCUCAGCUUGUUUGGAAUAGUUGGGGUGACUGAUAGAUGUCUGGAGGCUCUCUCGCAGACCUGUUCUGCUACACUCACCACUCUUGAUGUCAAUGGCUGCAUCGGCAUUAAGAGACGAAGCCGUGAAGAGUUGCUUCAGAUGUUCCCUCGUCUGAUAUGCUUUAAAGUACACAGCUAAUUUGCUCUUUGACUCCAGGACUCUCAACAAUAUCUACCCUGUCUUUGACAAGAGUACAAAGACAUCUCUUGGUCUGCCCUUUGUCUAUUUUUUCCUUCAGUGUAGUGCAGCAUGUUGAGUCUGGAGCUUUUGAUCAGUCAUGUAAUCUCGACGUCCCUUUACGUCCUGAUUAUAUUAUGAUCUCACACCAAGAAACAUUAUUGCUACUGUCAUCUAUAAAGACCGCAUCUGUUAGACUCCAUAAAUACAUGUUAAUGGAGUAUUGUUUGUACCAUCUUGUUAUUUUUUCGUCAGUAGCUCUCGGCUUAUGGAUGUGCUAGUUUUGGAGAAGAAAGACUAUGUUAUGGGGAAAUGGGAAUGUGUUUUUGUUUUUGUAGUCAAGCUAUAUUUGGUAAUUUACUGAUAAAUCUUCCAUUUCA